AUAAUGCUGGUGGUGGUGAUGAUGACGAUGACGGUUACGAAGAUUACAAAUUUAUGAACGAAUUGGAAAAGGCUCAAAAAAGAAAAGAUCCACAUCUACAUCUGAUACGGCAGCAACAUCAAAUAAAUCAACCGUGUCAUGAUAGGGAGAUGAAUUAUGGAAGUUUGUUUAGGAUAACGCGUGAGUUAUUCGAUCUUCAUGGUCGUGGUCCUCGGCAUCUUCGUCGUUCUGGCAGUGAUAAUCUUGCCGAAAGCGGUUUAAAUGAUGAUAAUCAACGAGAACCGAUGCAACAAGGAAAAGAAUUCUCAGAAACAGACGCGACAAUAACUACACCACCGCCACCAAAAACUUCGAAGAAAAGAAAGAAAAAUCCGAGAAGCGAAAUUGAGGAGGAAGCAUUUAUGGCAAUGAUUGAAUCUUUAAAAGUGCCAGAUAAAGAAGAGAUAACAGAACCAGAGAAAAUAGUUCAAAGUGUUAAAAUAGAAUGUAAAUUAAAGCCUUGA